AUGGCUGCUAAUAAACAAGAAACACCUGGUGGUGACAAAGAGCAGAAAAUCAGAGAUUGUUCUGAUUAUUACGAAGAGUAUAAAGCAUGUAAAUCACUAUCAAACAAAAUACAGACUUACUAUGCAUUUGGAUAUUACAAAAAGAAAUCUGAGUGUCAGAGCUGGAAAGAAAUGUUCAAUUUGUGUAAAAAAUGUACACUAGAAAACGAUGAGGAAGCAAAACAAACUCUUGUAGCGAUGGAAAAAGCCAAUGCGGAUGACGUGAUCAGGAAUCGAACAAACAUAUGGACGUACAGAGAUGAACCUCCUCCUAUGUGGCAUUUCCCUGGGAAGUUGGCAGAAGACUUUGCGCCAAAACCCCAACCCCAACCAGAAACUUGA